AUUGCAAAAGACGGAUGUGAAGAUGCAGAUCCAAAAUGUCCGGAAUGGGCAGCAGAAGGUGAAUGCACCUCGAAUGCAGAUGAGAAGAAACAGAAUGUUAAAGCUUUUGGACGAAUGGUUCUCAGCUGGAAUGACACGAAUAUUGCUUGGGACAAGAAUCAAUGGGGUCUCAGUUGGCUAAACUUCUACUGGAUACAGAUCUGGACACCACAAAUUGUACAACUAAAUGGUGGUUCGACGUCGAAUCCAGGACAGGUAACAAGCAAGGUGUUGGCAGCUAAUUACACGGGUCAAGUCUAUCUCUGGGCGGAUUUCUCCUUCUCAACUCCCUUCAAAUUCCAGUAUGAAGAUUACCCCAAUGACAUGCAAAAAGUCUGCUUCAAAUUUGACGACAAGCGACUUCUUGCAGUUCAUUUCACUGUCUCUGAUGGAGUUAGGAACAAAGAACGAGAAGCUACAACCGAUCCAUUUGUGUCCGGAUGGAAGAUCGUUGACGUUGAUGUGAACGAGUCUCCACUAUCUAUAGAGUCUUUAUCCGAUCCAAGGAGGAAUCCUUUUGACGUGCAGUCAGACAACUGUGAACUGUGCCUGUCUUUGCAAAGGAAUGCUGUAUAUUUCACUGCUGAAAUGCUUCUUCCAGCUCUCAUUACUUCAUUAUUCACACUGUCAGCAGUGUUCUUCCAGGAAAAAAGCAAAAAGCCAUUGGCAUUACAGCUGUCUAAGACGCAACCCGUUCUACUUGGUUUCUCCGUUGUGUCGCAAAUUUUAGCCCUAAUCCUCGAAAAUAGCAAAAAGCAAUUAGCAUUACAGUUGUCCAAGACGCAACCCGUUCUACUUGGUUUCUCCGUUGUGUCGCAAAUUUUAGCCCUAAUCCUCGUUUCUCAACGGCUGCCAAGCUUCACUGCUCAUACGCCAACAAUUCUGAAAUAUGCGGGCUUCAAUCUAGUUAUGACAGCCACCCUCUUUGUGAUUUCAUUGAUUUUGGAGCGACUUGCUACUACUCCAACAGACAUCCCACCUCCUCAUACAGUGGAUCGAUUUGUGCAAAUAGUAGACAGAAUUCUACCUCUGCCAAAGAAAUCCAAGCACGAGGACGAAUCAUUAAAAUACGCGGGACUAGCACAUGCAGCCAAUCAUGCCAUUUUCUCUCUUGCCACGAUAGUGUACCUCUUUGUUAUACUUGAUUCGUUUGUAUUUUAAUU